AUGCCUAUUCCUGUUCUGGCUUGCUUCCGGAGCGGCUCCGCCGUGGAGGCGUCGGCGUCGACAGCCGCGAUGCCUACCUGGACGACCUCCGUCUACGCGACCCGCCUCGGUGUCGCAGCGCUCACCUGGUCCUGCACCUUCCUUGGCAUAUCAGUCCGCGCCGUUCUCCGCCUCGCCGACGAGCAAGGACAGGUCGAGGGGGAGGAGCCUUUCCUUUUCCGCAUCAGGCCGCGGUUUCUGUGGAAGCGGCACGGAUCGAGGCGCUUCCGCUUCAAGGGACGCGGCGGCCGGCGCCGCUCCGUGGACUUCGUGUGGGACCUCAGAUGCACGGUCUUCCCGCCUUGGGGAAGCCCUGAGCCCGUUCGGAAGUUCUUCGUCGCUGUCUCCGUCGACGGUGAGAUGCUCCUUGUCGCCGGGGAUAUGAUCGACGAAGCGUACAAGAAGGCUAAGAUUCAGAAGCCCCCUGCGUGCUCUGCACUGGUAUCAAGGCUGGAGCACGCGUUGAUGAGGGAGCAUAGCAGCGGCCGGAGGUCGCACCGGACCUGCGUACAGAUGGGAGGCCGUAAUCGCGAGAUCUCAAUCGAACUCGGGGCGAAGGAGAAAGGGAAGGAAAUGUGGAUGUCAGUGGAGGUUGAUGGCGAGCAGGUCUUCCACGUGCGGCGCCUCCGAUGGAAGUUCCGGGGGAGCGAGAGAUUGGAGCUCGACGGCGGAUGGAUUAUUUUUUGCUGGGAUCUCCACAGCUGGCUUUUCCAGUCUAAGUACGGCGGAUCUGUACCAUCAACCUACACCGUCGGCGCCUCCGUCCCGGCAGAGGUAGGGCGCGCUAUGUUCCUGCUCCGGUUCGAGGGCGAGCCGAAGCCAAACACGGAGCCAAUGGAUAAUCACGCCGGCAAUUCAAUCUACAAAAAUUUGUUGACCGAGAGAUAUAAUCAAAAGGAUGGGCACAUUAAUUGGAGUUGGAGUAACAGUGGCGUCGGUGGCGAACAGAGGAAGGGAGGAAGGAAGACCACCUACUCGUCCUCUUCGAUCUCAUCGGCCUCGUCAGCCAGCACUUGGUCGGUGAUGGAGUGGGUGAGCCCGGAGGAAGCUGAGCUGCGGAGGAUGCAGGGCAUCUCACUGCUUGUCUACGCCUGGAAGAAUUAA